AUGUAUGAGCAAAACUCUCAUUUUAAUACUCUAUUAUGUUCCCACAACUGUCUAUUAUCGUUAACGGAUCGUACAAUUUUCUUGUUACAAAAUAUGGAACGUUUCAUUCAAAAUAGACGAUAUGCAAGUACAGAUAACACAAAACAACAAGAUCAUUAUGGUGCUUUGGGUGUAUCAUCGUCAGCAACAUCGAAGGAAAUCAAAGGAGCCUAUUAUAAAAUGUCGAAAAAAUAUCAUCCUGAUGUGAAUACAAAUGAUACGAAUGCAGCAAAAAAAUUUACAACUAUAACUGAAGCAUAUGACACAUUAAGCGAUCCAAAUAAACGGCGUGAAUAUGAUAGUCAUCGAUAUCCAACAUACGACAGAACGAGUCCCUAUGCACAACGAGCUAGAGGAAGUCGACCAGCACCACCAUGGGCAUCAACAGCACGAUCAUCUACUACUACUUCAUCAACAUCCACCGAUCAGAGUAAUUAUUCCGACUUUUGGACUGACUAUAGAUCUAAAAUUAAUCAAAAUACUAAUGGAUCGCCAAAAUUCGGCACAUAUCGUGGUCCAUUGCCCCGCGGACGAACGUCUGUUUAUGAUUUUGAUGAAUUUUAUCGUCAACAUUAUGGAAAUUUACGUGAUCGUAAUAAUACAACACAACAAGAACAAUAUCGUCGUGAAUGGCAAGAACGUGAUCAAGAAUUUUGGAAAGAGCGUACAUUUAAACGAAGUAGUAAAUUGCUACAAGGAUUGAUUAUUGGUUUAUUUGGAAUAUUUUUUAUAUUUUUUACGCACUUAGUUCACGAACAGACAUUUCAUAAACAAGAUUAUUCAACGGAAAAUAAAGACAAUCAACCAUUAAAACUCUACAUUGUCGUACCCGAUGAACCACAAAAGAAAUCCUGA